AUGUGGUUCUCUCACUUUCGAUUCCGCUUCGGCUGGGCUUUGACGCGUCUCCUCUGGCGCCAAACGGUGCGGUGUGCGCACCGGAGAGAGAAGCGGGCGGCGAAGCGUUUGGCUGGAUUUCUUCCCGAUGGGUAAACAGAUCCCCGACGUCUGCGGGCCCCUGUCCCCGAAGGAGAAAAUGCAGGCUGACAAAAAGGGGGCGACUUGUUACACGGGCAUGAAAUAUAGGAUUUGCUGCGGGGUGCUCGUUGCCCUCCCUUCCCUCAUAUUCCUCGUUUUUCUGAGUUUGUACCUGUCGUCCCUCUAUUCGGAUCCGGUCAGGCAGGUGAAGGAAUGCCAAGUGGAGCUGCAGAACCGAACUUCCCACAUGCGGGCUAGCCUCGACUUCCUGGGGAAGCGCGUGGAGGAGACGGAUAGUGACCUGGAGAAGGCGAGGGCCGAAAGAGACGGGCUGCGAGCCGAACUGGCAGUCGCUAACCGGAGCCUGGAGAAGACUAGAGAGGACUGGGGCUCCUGUCAGGAACAACUGAAAAGUUUGGAAAAGAAUGCCACAUCCCAAGUGAAGGAAGCUGUCCAGCGAGAAAUGGAGAAAAGCAAAGUUGCUGAAGAGGAGAUUAAACAGUUUAAGCAACAACUCUCCAACUUACAACAGAUGAAGGAACAACAACAAAAGGCAAUUCAGCACCUGGAGGAUCAGCUCAUGAAACAUAAACCUGUUGAGCGCUCAGAGGGAGGCCUUCUCCUUGGGCCUUCUGUGGUCCUUCUCCCACUUGUCCUUGCUAGAUUCCUCGUCUAAUCCAUUUGGACUCUGGUCAAGUUGGGGUGGGGUGGGCAAGUGUCAAGCCUCACCCUACUUCAUCUGCAUAACCAUAUCCCUUCUUCAGGACAGGAACCUGAUUCUGAUGCCAGACUUGGAUGUUUAUCUACUGUGAUAAUUCAAAUCUUGGGCACAGCAGUGGAGUUGCCAAAGCUUGCAUAACAUUGCACCAACUGUUACAUCAAAUUUGGCAAAUAAAGUUAACUUUUGUUUAUGUUAAUAACCUGUACCGGGUGAAUGUCAAAUUGGGACAACUUUUUUUGCUUUCUGAUGGUUUUGUAAGGUUUUUGCACUUAACUUCACAAACUGUCUCUGCGCUACUCAGAAAUUUCAAAGAGCCAAAAGAAACUCCUGAGCUGAGGUUCCAGCAAAGAAAACAACUUUAUUUUGGCCAAGAUAGAGUUGGGUAACCUUCUCCCUCUUUGUGGCUGCUUAGAGGGACGAAGGCACACCCAUUAGAGAUUUCUUCUACCUUGUAUACUCUUUCAGAACAAAGAGAUCCAGGUCUCUGUACUAGGGGCAAGGAAGCACAGAAAAACAAAUUUCAAGAUGAUGACUCAUAUACAUCAAUCUAGGUUCCAACCAUAACUCAUUUCGCUCUCCCUCCUCCUUAUUUCUUGGACCACUGGACUUAUUUUGCUCUUUUCAUGUAAGUAGUCUCCUGAGCAAUCUCCUAUAUAUUUGACAUGAGACAUUGCUUUUUCAAUAUAUAUGAAACACUUGCUUUUAUGUAAAUAAUUUCCUGAUAUGAAGCACUUGUAAGGUUGCUUGCAUGUGAGCAAAUCUAUAUAAAAUGGCUACAAACUAACACUACUAAUAUCAAACUUAAAUGUAAUAAAAUCAUAAACAUAAUAAAACCAAAUACAAUAAGGUCCCUUCAGUUUGGUGGCUUCUCGUGUUAAUGUUCAGAAGACCAAGAUACUCUGAUCAUGCAGAAGGUCUCAGUUUCAACCUCUGUUAACUCUAGUCAUGGUGGGAAGAAAACCAACAAGCACAUAAAUACAUAUAAACACAUGCCUGAAAAUGUGGAAAGUUGAUAGAAGCUUCAACUCCCCAAGAAGAAGGAAUUCAGAUUUAAUUCCUUAUUAAGAGGUUGCUUUAGUAACCUUUCUUAGAGUUCUGAAGUAGAAUAUAUUAAAAUAUUGGCUAACCAACGUAAGAAAAUAUUAUAUGUUGUUUUUUGUAGUUUAGUAGUUAUGCACGCUUAGGACAGGAAAUGAGUUAAAAGUAGCACAUAAGAAUCAAAGAACAUCUGGUUGAGUAAACAGAUAAUUCUAAUCAAAACCAGAAUUGUGGUUAAAACAAUCAAGCAGGCAAGGAAAUAAUCUUGUAUAGUUAUGCUAUAUAACAAAACAAGUAAAUAGGGCUAGGGGCGCUUAAAGCAUGAUAGUGGAAGAUUUAAACAGAGGUGGAGAUGCACGUGAGAUGCUUGGUGUUGUGUCUUGAGCCUGCAUAUGCAGGCUUGGGAUGUUACAAUGGUCCCGGGCAUUGCAGAAGCUGCCUGGGACCAGACUGAGUGGCGCCGUCUUUGCGCACAUGCGCAAGGUGCGAAAAGUGCCUGUUGACAUUGUGUCAGGGGAUCUGGUCAUAUAAAAAGAGGCCUGCGUGCUUUUGCUUGUUGUUGGUGUUUUGGCUGAAAACGAAAUAAAGAGUUGUUCCUUA